AUGUCUUCCCAAAAAGAAAGCAGCAGCAAGCAGGCGUGGAGAAACAACAGAACGAGGAUUCUCGCCUUGGCCGAAAGUCAUACCGUAAAAGACGUCGAAAAGAUCAUGUGGGAUGAGCACCGGUUCAAGGCAAACCAGAACCAGUACGAGUAUCACCUACGCAUCUGGGGUUUCCAGAAGAACGUCGACACCAAGCAGUGGAGAAAAAUUCUUGAGGUCUACGACGACCUCGUUGUCCAACAUGGGGAGGUCCGGGUUUUGGUCCGUGGAGAGGCAUUGUCCUCGACCGCACUGCAAAAGAGACGCCGCAUGUACGCCUCCCAACAACGCGGCUCCUCGACCAACGCUGCGGCUCCAGUGUCAAUCCCACAGAUCGUUUCUUUCCAAGCGCGCGGGUCCGAUGGACAAUGGACCUCCGUCGCCGAGAGUGGGCCUUCCCAAGAAGCCGGAGCUCAUGCCGGCCUUGCUCCUCAACCCGGGCCCAUACCGCCACGCACCUCCUUGGCCGUGUAUCGCCUGGCCGCGUCGGAUGACAACCUUGACCCGAGCCAGCAGCCAAGCGAGAUUCCGCUGUCCCAGGCACCCGGAGAAGACGCGGUCACAACAACCGACCAAUCCCACACCAUCUACGCCAACGACGGUUCGCUGGUGGAACUAGGCCAACUGUCACACACCCCACACGCCGGUCCCUCAACUUCCGCCAGCGCAGCCCUCGAACUAUUGGAAUCGCCGGGGACAUGCGCAUCCAGCCCUCGCACGCCGUGGCUGCGGCGCGAAAGGCGAAAUAUCAUCGUCAGGAGGGAACAUGAACGUCUGCGCUCCCCGUGCCCUCAGUCCGCGCACGAGUUUCUAGCCACCCUGCUUGAGGGCGUGUUUUCCUCGAUUGAGAACGGGCUGCGGAGAAGCCAAAUCUUCCAAACGUUCAACCUGGGGGGAGUCUCCCCCACCGGGCUCCACCGGGGCUGUCUAACAUUUGCCCCGGAUGCCCUCUUGCAGCCACUGCAGACCCUGCUACCAGAAACCAGACUCGGAUACAUUGAUGGAGACUACUCGCUCAACGUCCGCCUUUUCAGACGACUGGUGUUCGCUCUGGCGAACGCAGACAUAGGUCCCAAUAGUGCCGAUGAAGAGCAAAUCGUCCACGCCAUCGGGCGUUCGGCGGGCGGCGCCGCACUUUUCAGCCAGCUAUUGGCAAAUACCCGAGGAGGGUAUGGUCUGGCCAUUGCGGAAAGCCUGCUGAAGUCGGCCAUACGUGCCAAGAACGCCGAUGCGGUUCGAAUGAUCACUACGAUGAGCGCGGUCGACAUUACCAAAAUUCGCUUCGAAGGAGGAUACAAUGCAUUACAACUGGCUAUAUUCUCGUCAGAUCCCGCUCUUCUCAUCGCAGUCCUGUCGAGUGGAUAUGACUAUGAUGCCAUAUCAAGAACGCACAUACCCUACUGGGGCAAGUUUUCAAACUCUGAAGAGAUGGCUUCUGUUAUCAUGCGGCUCAUGCCCAAAUCAAGCUCCAUGUGGUCUCGGGAGAUGGCACAACUUUUCAGAAAUAAUCCACACCUGGCAUAUCGGGUCAUCAUGAGAAUGUCACCAGACAGAGCAGUGCAGUGGGUUCGUUCUGCUACUCCAGAUCGAUAUAAUGACCCUCCGUUAAAUCCAUUCUUUCUUGACCUUGGCGAGGCGCAAGUCGCGGACCUUGUAUCUCACCUUAUGCAAGGAUACAGCACCCAGACCACAAGAGGCCGGUAUCAGGACGUCAUCCCAGUCAGGUCAAUUUACAUUUCCGCAAAGCGAGGUCACACCAAAGUACUUCAACGGCUUCUUCCUUGGGCACCUCUCUGCCUCCUCCUGGGAGCCUCUAUCCGAUCUGGCGACAGAGGUCUGGCCGCUUCCAUCCUGUCACAGCAGUCUGAAAUGGAAGAUCUAUCGCCAGGCUCUAACGGCUGUGGGCCCUGGUGUGGUAACUGCUAUCACCCCCUCGCUGAGGCGAUACUAUCUCGAAACGAUGAGCUCAUUCGUCUCAUAGAAGAAGCACGGCCAUCGCGGACUCUUCGCAACCCGAAGCAUGUCCUAGAGGUUCUCCACGCGGCAGCGGCAGUUGGCCAUGAAAAAUACUUUCGGAAGCUCAUACACCGGGAGCCUCCUCCGUCGACGGAGGACCUUUAUCGUAUGCUGAUGAAGGCAAUCGAGGGUGGUCACGGAAACAUGAACAUAUGCCUCCGCCUUUUGGAGUUGGGUGCUGCUACCCACGGACUUACAGUCAUGGAUCGCGACAAGCCUGGAGCUUUGUCCGCAGCACUCCGAAGUCAAAAUCGACAAAUGGUGGAUGCAAUACUGGAGCAUGGUUGCCACAUCGGCCAGUUCACAAGUCUCCAGUCAGAUGCUGCCCUAUGGAAGAGCCUUAUCGAACGGGGAGACUUCGACCUCAUUAUUAAACUCAAGUCGGCAUUUCCACCUCUGAUGCUCGAUCCAAGUGUAUUCGCUGCCUCAGCGGGCCCCCUCCCAUUCUGGCAGGGGGGACCACCGGACAUGAGUGGCGAAGAAGUUGUGCAAUUCCUGGCAGACAAUGGCCUCGUGGACAAGCACUGGCUACGUAUUGCUUUGAAAACCGCAAUUAGGCACAAGAAAGAAAAGUUUGCGCACUUGGCGAUCGCGUUAGGAGCCGAUCCCGUCGACGACAGCGUGUUAGCAACCGCGACGCAUUGGUUCCCGCAAUUCUUGCCUGAGCUUCUUGAACAAGUUCCAAAGGCAGUGCUGGAGUAUCGAGCAAAGUUCCAAAAAUGGUGCGCCCAGCCGGCAAUCAACGAGGCCAUCUACCAAGGGCCGCCAGGCUUACCCGCGCUCAAGUGUUUAUUGGAUUCAGGAAUUGCAUCCAUCCACAACAAGCAAGACAUCUCCAAUUACUUUGGGCAUGCCAUCACAAAAUCCAAGGAAGCUGGCAAGGUUGACCUCACCACCGUACUGUUUUUCCUUGAUCUCGGCUGCAGCCCGGACUCGAGUGUUUACAUGACCCAUUCAUCAGAACCAAUUACAGCCCUAGCACUAGCAAUCAGGGAGCGGAACGUGGCCCUUGUUGAACUACUAGUUGAUAGGGGUGCCACUGUAAACACGGCGCUUAAUACUGUCAUCCUCUUCACACCGCUUCAAGAGGCCGCUGCAGCUGGCAGCCUCGACAUCGUCAAGCUGCUCCUGUCCAAGGGCGCCGACGUGAAUGCAGCACCAGCCAGCCGCGCCGGAGGAACUGCCCUUCAGAUGGCCGCCAUUUCCGGAAACUGCAGCGUCAUAUCCGAGCUUCUCGAAGCGGGCGCGGACAUCUACAUGCAGCCCUCGCGGUUCGAAGGAAGAUGGCCCCUCGAGGGUGCGGCAGAGCACGGGCGGAUCAGCGCCAUCGAGUUUCUAUGGAAAUGGCGCAGGGGCUGCUUCGAUCCUAGGUAUUGCGAGCGGGCUAUGGAGCUUGCCGAGCGAGAAGGACACAUGGGGUGUCGACAACUGAUUCAGGAGCUUCGGGGGGAGACGAUGCGGGAUGAGGCUGAGAACUGGAUGGCCCAAGAGAGUGCUGGGUUUGGUCCGGAGGAUUUUUCACCUUGAUGUUGUAAGAAGGGUUGUAUUGCAG